ACAGUGGGGAAAAAAGGAAGAAGAAGAAGAAGAAGAAGAAAAGUAAAAAGACGUUUGCAUGGAGAGCACGAACCGGCUAAAGCAGCGGCUGAGCCGCCUCUCCGGCCCCGACCCUCCUCCGAACCUCAUGCGGUUCCCCACCUCCGCCACCCGGCAGCAUCUUCACCUCCUCCUCCGCGCCGCGACACCUCCAGCGCCGCAGCCUCUCCGCUGCCACCACCGAAAGCAUUUCACCCUCCACUGCCUUCGACCGCUCCCUCUCAAUCUCCUCCUCCUCCCGCUUCCUCUCCCUCGACUGCGCGCCUCAAACCUUGCCGACCCAGCAAAGCUUCAGACCCCGUCGACGUCGUCCCCUACGCCGUCACAUUCAAUGUCGCGGACAAAAAGGACGAGAGAGAACUCACACAGCCCGGAGAUUCGCAGGCGACCGAAGAAAAAGAAUUAGAGGCCAAGAGGAACGACAGGAGGACAAACAAGAAGAAGGUUAAGCCCCUCUUGUCCAACAACGCCUACGGAUUCACAAGCUCUUCUGAUUCGGAGUCCUUCAGCGACGACGACGGCGGCCGCAUUGAAAAAGAUGCAGGCACCUUCUUCUCGUCCAGAGGCUUCUCCUCUGACUCCUCUGUGUUCUACAGUCGCCCUUCGAAGCGGAAAGCUUACAAGAAAAAGAACAAGAAACAGAGCAAGCCACCGCCGCCGAGGAAAAGGACUAAUAGUAAUAAGAAGGGCGUUCCGGUGAUGAAGAGAUCGAAUGAUCCUUACACCGAUUUUCGGAGUUCGAUGGUGGAGAUGAUAGUAGAGAGGCAGAUAUUUGGGGCUAGAGAUCUUGAGAGGUUGCUGCAUUCUUAUCUCACUCUGAAUUCCCCUCAUCAUCAUGCUGCUAUUCUCAGGGCGUUUGCUGAUAUUUCUCAAGUUCUAUACGGUCACUGAAGCCCAAUUCAAUUUGACCUGUCGCUUGAAACAUGGGGUUUGUUUGUUUGUUUGUUUAAAUUUUUUGUUGACUUAACUUUAGGUUUCUGUGAGCUUCUUCUUUCUCUGUUUGGGGAUUUCUAGCUACUUUGGUGCUUGGUUAUUAUUGAUGUGUUGUUUUUAUGGGUGUUUUGAUGCGCUAAUCAAUAACAGCUCUGUUAUCCUC